UUAACCUUAUUUGUUUCAGCUUGCAAUCAAACAGGACGUUUAACUACCGAAUGCAGAAGAUUAGGAAUUAUGGAUAUGAAAUUCAAUUCCUCUCGGAAAUACGUUUCUAUCAGCAUACCAUCAAAAUCCCAAGCUAUGUCGCCACACAUCAAAUCUGUAGAUGAUAUAAUUGUCCUCGGAAUUAAUCUCAGCAAAUUUAACAAACCUACACAGUUUUUUAUUUGUGUUUUGGGAGUCUUCCUGUUUUAUCUUAUUUAUGGAUAUUUGCAGGAACUGAUAUUUUCAGUGGAAGGUUUUAAAUCCUUUGGCUGGUAUCUUACGUUAGUACAAUUUGGGUUUUAUUCCAUUUUUGGACUUAUAGAACUACAGCUUAUUCAAGACAAGAGGAGAAGUUACAACUGGAAGAAAAGCAAUGACAAUUGUCCUUUCUUUUUUGUUUUUUGCAAAGCCAUUCACAUUCCAAUACGUGUGGUCAGGUUUAUUAGUUAUCCUUGGCAUAUUUCUCAAUGUUUACAGCAAGAAUAUGGAUAAAAUCAGAUUGCCUUCACUGUGCCGUCUCUGGAAUAAAUCUCUGGAAGACAGAAAAACAAGGACGUUAUCCCAAACAGUAUAGAACUGGCUUGUGCCAUGUGUUGGCAUUAGACUUUUUGCUUCUCUUCUUUCCUUGCAAUAGUCUGCAGCCGAAUCAUUUUCCAAAGGGAAGGAUGUUUAAAAAAACAAAACACAACCAAAGGCAUUGAAGGCGCUUUUGUCUACUAGCAGAAGACUGAUGUCAGCUUGUCUGCAAAACUUUGUUUAAGCACUUGGAUUCCCUUCCUGGAAGGGAUUGGUUGAAUGAGGUCGUUGGGACACGGAACAUGGAAAAAUAAUAAUUCUUGGGGAAGCUGCUAUCGAAAUUCUCUCUCCCUGAACGGAACACUUGGGAGAGUGAGUUACGUGGUUAAUUUGGGCAUUUUAAUCGUAUAAAAGGUGCUUUGGCGGUGGCUGAAAUCAGUGGACCUUGUUUUAUUGUUUGGAAUGUGUUUAUUUAAAUGUAAUGUCUUAAUUGAUACGAAUCAAAACUUGAUCGAUAAAAAGUGAAAAUUUAAACCUCCAAA